AAAAAAAUUGCCAUGCUUACGUCUGAAGAUCUAAAGAUUGUUGGCCAAUAUGUCGAUAAUGAGCCAGAACAAGAUCAUAGCGUAGAACAACAUGAUGAUAAUAGCAAUAAUGCAUCAACUGAGAUCAAACCAGAUCAACAGCCCAUUCAGGAUAGUAUUGAUGCUGCAAUCUCAGGAAAGACAAAUAACGAAGAAGGCUAUGAAAGCAGUGAUUUAGAACUGUCGUCAGAUAGUAGUAGUGAUUCUUCAAGUGAUGAAGAAGAAGAGGAGGAGGGCGAUAAAGAUGAAGAUAAGCCAGAGGAUGAAGAAGAGGACGAAUUGUAUAAAGACGGUGUUGUUAAAACAGCAAAUGAAAUAACAGAGGUGUUUAUUGAAAAGCCAGAGUUUGAAGUUACAGCCGAGACAGAGAUCAUAUUUGCAGGUCAUAUUUAUCAAAAGAUUCAAAAUGUCAUCGUUGUGCAGUCUCGGCCAGGUUCGGAGCACAGUACACUUGACAUUGGAUCACUGUUGGUAUAUGAAAAUAGAGAAAUCAUGGGAGAAGUCUUUGAGACAUUUGGACCUAUUGCUCGACCUUUUUAUACAGUCCGAUUCAACGAUGAGACUGAGUUGAUCAAAGAAUUGACUAUCGUUGGAGCCCCAGUAUUUUAUGUGCCGUCAUAUCAAAAGACGCAGAUCGUGCCAACAGAAGCACUGAAGAAGAUUCAAUAUACCGAUGCUAGUAACGUGUAUGAUGAAGAGAUUGAUGAAGAUGAAAUGGAAUUUUCAGAUGAUGAAAAGGAGUUGGCUUAUAGACAAGAGAGAAACAAACAAAAGAAAAUGAAAAAGAAGAGAGCACUACCAGAAGGACAAGAGACUGGAGAAAACAAGAAAAGACUGAAACCGACACCUAGAGAUUUUGAUGCCGCGCUAGCAUCUUAUGAAACUGCUUCAUCGCCAAUGCCUGCCCGUCAACAACAAAGCUAUGCAGACUUUUUCUAAUAAAUCAUCCUUUUUCAACAAUAAGCCCCAAUUCUUGUAUCUUGCUUGACCUUUUCAUCCGUUUUCUUUCUCUUUAGGAGAAAGGAAAGUCCUAUCUGUCACGUAUACAUACAAAAAUAAAGUUAUGCUUUAUUAU